AUGUCCAUCCAGUGGCUAAGACAUCUCCUGCUCCUCGUAAUCCUGGCCCACCUGGCCGAGGCAGGUGAGAAUCGCAUUCCGUUGAACAGCAAGAAGAGCUCCCACCUGAUGGUCAAGAUGAGCGAGAUCCUCUGCAGGGCUCGGAUCAAGGUGCUCUUCGUGUAUUUCGAGAACCAAACCUCCCACGAGCACACGGGCCAGAUUCUGCGGGAGGUGACCAAGUGCGACAUUUCCUACAUAUCUUUGAGAAAUCAAAAUGGACCACUGGAGGCGGUCAAAGACGAUGGGAUUCUCAUGUACAUGGUGAUGAUUAUAACAAACAUAUCGCAACCUUUGGAACUAUCGCUCAUCCGAAAGAAGUCGGCUGCCAAGCACCGAUCGCAUGUUUUCCUGCUAGUUAGAGAUGCCGAUACCGUUUCCGAUGCCUGGAUGCGGGCCAGUUUCCGGCAAUUCUGGAAGAUCUGGCUCCUGAACAUAGUGAUCCUCUACUGGCGCGAUAAUAGACUGCAUGCCUAUCGGUACAACCCCUUUACGGACAACUAUUUGAUACCGGUGGAGAAUGACGCGAAGGGGGUGCCCACCCUGGAGCAGCUCUUUCCCAAAACCAUACCGAAUAUGCAGAGGAAACCGCUGAGGAUGUGCAUCUACAAGGAUGACGUGAGGGCCAUAUUCUGGAGGCAGGGAAUCAUCCUGGGGACAGAUGGAUUACUAGCGGGCUAUAUAGCCGAGAGAUUGAACGCCACCAUGAUGAUAACCCGUCCGCACUCCUACAACAACCACAAUCUCAGCUCGGACAUCUGUUUCUUUGAGGUGGCCAAGGAGUAUGUGGAUAUGGCCAUGAAUGUUCGCUUCCUGGUUCCGGACACCUUCAAGAAGCUGGCGGAGAAUACGGUCUCCCACAUGCGCGACGAUCUCUGUGUGAUUGUCCCGAAGGCCAAGACGGCGCCCACUUUCUGGAAUAUAUUCCGAUCGUUCGGCACCUCGGUUUGGGCCCUCAUCCUGGCCUCUGUGCUGGUGGGCAAUGUUUUCUGCUAUAUUUUGCAGAACGGUGUGGGUGGUGGAGUGCCCAUGCAACUCUUCGCCGGAGCUUUAACCAUGCCCAUGACCCACAUUCCCCGGAAUCACUCGCUUCGAUUGUUCCUGAUCUUCUGGCUCUACUUCGGACUGCUCAUCUGCUCGGCCUUCAGGGGCAAUCUGACCAGCAUGAUGGUGUUCCAGCCUUAUCUGCCGGAUAUUAACCAGCUGGGUAGCUUGGCAAGGUCCCAGUACCGCAUCCUCAUCCGGCCGCGGCACAUAAAGCACAUCCAGCACUUCCUGACCCUGGGACACAUGCACGAGGCCAGGAUAAGGGAACAAAUGCUGGAGGUUCCCGAUGCCCAGAUGUACGAGAUGAUGAAGAACAACGAUGUUAGAUACGCCUACUUGGAGAAGUACCACAUUGCCCGUUUCCAGGUGAACAACCGGGUGCACAUGCACCUGGGUCGUCCGCUCUUCCACCUGAUGAACAGCUGCCUGGUGCCGUUCCAUGCCGUCUAUAUAGUUCCUUAUGGGUCGCCCUACCUGGGCUUCCUGGACUCGCUGAUCCGGAGCUCGCAUGAGUUUGGAUUCGAGCGAUAUUGGGACCGUAUCAUGAACUCGGCCUUUAUCAAAUCGGGCGUGAAAGUGGUCAAUCGACGGCGGGGCAGCAGCAGCGAUGAUCCCGUGGUCCUCAAACUGCAGCAUUUUCACGCCGUUUUCGCACUGUGGCUGGUGGGGAUCGGACUGGCAUGCAUCGUGCUGGCCUGGGAGCACUUGACCCACAACUACAACUUGGCGGUAACAAAGCGGCGCCACUAAUUAUCGCAUGCA